UAUCACCAAAGUAAAAGUCAGCUGAAUUAUAGGAUUGAUCAACAUAAUUAUGUGAAAUCGCUUGAGAAUAUAUAAUUAAUUACAGCCAAAUUGUAUUAAUCACCAAAAUAAGUUAUUGAAAUCGCAAAAUGAAUAACGACAAUCCAAAUAUAUUCUUUAAUCCUCUUAUUAGUGCCAUACAAAAGGUGGUGCUUUACGAAACCCGCACACGCCUCUACCUUGUUGGCAGCAAUAAUCGAGAGACACGCUUCCGUUUGCUUACCAUUGAUCGUACCCAACAUGACCGUGUUGUCAUCGAUGAGAACCCGAAUGAGUUGAAUGCACUUGAAAUACGCCGAUUCUUGGUUACACUUGGCAGUUCACCGCGCGUUACAUCCGCCUAUGGCGUACUUGGCUUUGUUCGUUUUCUGGAAGGCUUUUACUUACUGCUAGUCACAAAGCGCAAGUGUUGUGCACACAUUGGCAUGCAUUUGAUAUAUACCAUAAAGGAUACGGUGAUGGUGCGCGUCAAUGAACCGACAACAUUGCGUACACCCCAUCCUUACGAAGAGCGUUACAAAAAAAUGUUUCAAAGCAUCGAUUGGCGCAGCAACUUUUAUUUCUCCUAUUCAUACGAUUUGACGCGCACACUGCAGUAUAAUGAGUCAGCACCACGCUUUGUUGGCCCCAAUGUGGAUUUGGAGCAAGAUGAGCCUCUUCCGGAUUGGAAUAAACUUACCAACAAUGUAGUUGCGCCUGAUGAGCGUGUGAAUUAUGCGUUUCGUAGCAACUCGCGUACGCGCUUUGUCUGGAAUGCGUUCCUCUUGCAGCCAAUGCGUGGCGUAAUGCUCAAGGAUUGGCUGUUAGAGGUAACACAUGGCUACAUUAGCCAGUCAUGUAUUAGUGUUUUUGGAAGGCAUGUUAAUGUUUGUUUAAUUGCACGUCGUAGUACGCGGUUUGCGGGCACACGAUUUCUUAAACGUGGCGCUAACUGUCAGGGCGAUGUUGCGAAUGAGGUUGAGACGGAACAAAUUGUCACAGAUGGUCAACGGAUGUGUUCUUUCACACAAAUGCGUGGCUCAGUGCCUUCGCAUUGGUCUCAGGACGUUAUUAAAAUGGUACCAAAACCACAGAUCCAAUUGGAUAUUUGCGAUCCAUAUGCGCAAACACCAGCGCGUCAUUUCGAUCGUUUGCUAUUCCACUAUGGCGCACCAGUUAUUAUAUUGAAUCUGGUAAAGAAGCACGAGAAACGCAAGCACGAAUCGAUUAUAUCGAAGGAACUGGUCGAUAGCAUACGUUACCUAAACCAAUUUUUGCCGCCGCAACACCGCAUGAAGCAUAUACAUUUCGAUAUGGCCCGCAAGAGUCGCGGUGGUGGCAAUGUUAUGGAAAUGUUAGCUGACAUAGCGGAGAGCGUAGUGCAGCAGACCGGUAUGUUUUUCAAAGCGCGUGGUAGUGAAUACACUUUCCAAAAAGGCAUAGUGCGUACGAAUUGCGUCGAUUGCUUAGAUCGCACAAACACAGCACAGUUUGCUAUUGGCAAAUGUGCGCUGGGGCAUCAACUGGAGCUUUUGGGUUUUGUCAAAUCGGCAAAACUGGAAUUCGACUCGGAUUGCGUAACGAUGUUGGAGAAUCUGUAUGAGGAGCAUGGUGAUACGUUGGCUCUACAAUAUGGUGGCUCUCAAUUAGUGCACCGUAUUAAAACUUACCGGAAGACAGCAGCGUGGGCCUCACAGGGUAAUGACAUCAUGCAAACGUUGAGUCGCUAUUACAGCAAUACGUUCAGCGACACAGAAAAGCAGCACAGCAUAAACUUAUUUCUAGGCUAUUAUAUACCUAGCAGAAGUCACACAAAACAAAAUCAGCCUAUUUGGGAACUCCAAACAGAUUACUACAUGCAUAACGUCUACAAACCUCUAACACCACAAAAUGAAACACGUCUUAUAACGGAUUGGGUGCGUCACAAGGUGCGCUCCUGUCUACCCUACUCAACCUCUGACUCAAAUAAAAUUGUCAAGGAACUAUUUCGUGUGCAUUCCAAAGGUCUCGAAAUGAUCGAUGCUUACUCUAACUAUCAUCAGUCUUUCAAAUGGACUGAUCUUAGUGAGCACAUAGCAUUCGAGAUAAGCCAGCUUGCACUGCGUUACAUGCCAACAUUUCGCACAAAUUACUCACCAUUCCAGCGGCAAAUUCAGGAGCGCAAAGCACGCAAAAAUCCCAAUCUAACGGGGCAAAGUUCUACUAGUUCCACCAAUAGUAAUUCAUCGAGUUCUACUUCCGAAGCAGACGACAGCUCAUCCGAUGAGGAUUUAAGUGCAGGCUAUGCUAUUAAGGAUGCCAAGCAAGCUGAGUCGGUUGAACAGGAUGCAUUUACACUUGAAUCGCUGCUACCGCCUAUGGAGGAAGUGUAUGGAUGCAAGAUUACCAACCCAUCCAAAGCGAACAUGGCCAUUUACAAGAAAUAUGUGCAAAUGGGAAAAUUAUGUAGUGGAAGCAAUAGUACUUUUGCGCUCUCGCCUUCUGGGGCGCCACGCGAACGCGAUAAUGAAAUGGCUAAGCUUAUGCGUGGCAUAAAUUUGCGUCCACUAAACGACUACGGCCAUGAUACAUACUUGAGUGUUAAGCCACCAACAGUGAGCGAGGAAAGUCAGAAAAUAUAUGCUGAAUAUUGCAAGGUGCCGCGUAAUUUUAAUGCAGUGCCGAGAUUUGAAGAGUUCGAUGUACUCUAUCGUUACGUGCAGAUGCUUUAAGCUGUUGAGGGAUUUGAGCAACAGUUUUAAAAAAAUUAAUGUUACCAAUGUUAAUAUCGUUUCCACGAUAUUCCACGGUUCUCCGUUACCGGAAUGACGCGGAUCUAUAUCC